AUGAAUUUUAUGAUCCAGAUGUAUUUCUUCUCGUCAUUCUCCUCGAAGCUGGAGCAUAACGAGAUAUUCAACAUGCCUGGGGACUACAUCUUCUUCCUGAUCGUGCAGAUUCUGCUUUUAGAUGUGUCCUCGCUGGUGAUGGCAUGGCCGACCGGUUUCCCGAUGCUGGGCCCCCCGCUGAUAUUCGCCAUCAUGUACUAUUGGAGCCGUCGAGAGCCAUACGCGAUGCUCAGCUUCUUUGGCUUCUCCAUCAAGGGAUACCAGUUCCCGUUCUUCAUGCUCCUGUUCCAGGUCCUGAUGGGAGGCAGCAUAUGGACGGAUCUGCUAGGUCUGGCCUCUGGCCACACAUACUACUUCCUCAAGGAGGUGGUGCCACAGGACGGCUGA